AUGAGCUCCGUGGCGCUGAAAGACCCUUCUGUGGGUCCCAUCGCGGCGGUGUCCACGGGGCCUCUCGACACCACAGCGAAGAGGCGGCUUUUUAUGAUGCAGCGGGCGCAGCGGCUUCGGGACCCAAAGCAGCGGCACAUGGGAAUUGACAAGCAGGCCCUCGACGAUCAGGUUCGUGAAAAGGAGGCCCUGCGGCGCCUGGAGCAGGAGAGAAAUGAGUUUUUUGAUCGCCAGGCAUUGCUCAUGGACCGACACGCGCAGGCGCUGCAGAAGGAGGUGAAUGAGAUUCGGACUGAGCGGGAAAAGGAGCUGCAGGAUUAUCGUGACACAUACCAGAAGAAGCAGCUGCGCCGGGAGUGGGACCUUAACGACACCGAGUGGAAGUCAAAGGAUUUGCCCGCGCGUGUCGGCGACGAUGACCCCCGCACCGGGGUUUCCUCGCUGCAGAAGUUUGAGGGGGAGGACUUGGACUUCAAGAACCGUCGCCGGGAGCAGCAGCGUCAGCAGCGCGACUGGGCGCAGCAGCAGGUAGAGGAGAAGCUUGCCAAGAAGUGGAUGGAGCAGGAGGCAAAUAACGCUUUUGAUGAACGCAACGAGGAGGUUAACCGCCGCAUCUACGAAAUAGAGCAGAACAUUGCGGGGCAGCGCCGCCUCGCCUGGAAGAAUCAGGCUGACUUUAAUAAGGCCUUGGCGGAGCAGAAGCGUCGCGAGGCCAUCCGCGACAAGGAAGAGGACACGCGCAAGGGUCUGGAGGAGAUUCGCUACCAUCUAGAGGGCGACUUUCUCAACGAGACCGAAACUAUGGUGAGCGAGCUCGGCAAAAAGGUCAAGGCGGAGCGCUACAAGGGAAUGACGGCGGAGGAGAAGGAAAAGUUGUACCAAGACCAGGCGUCGCAGCGGGAGGCCAUGCAGCGUCGGAGGCUGCUUGAGGUAGAGGAGGAAAAACACUGGGGGCAGCAGGAGAAUCUUCAGCUGCGCAUGGCGAACGCCUUGGAGCGACAACGCGAGCGUGAACGUCGUGCUGAACGUGAGGAACUCGCCAAGGAGCAGCUGAAGCAGAAACAAACGGCUGAAAUUCGUCGGAAGCAACAAGAUGAGCUUUACACGAAUGCCGUGGACGAGGACUAUUUCAAGCACUGGGACCUCUGUAUGUAG